GUCUGGAGGCGGUGCACUGAGAUGGCGACGAUUGGGCUCGGGGCCGGCGGAGGGGGAGCAGUUGGGGAGCGCGGGGCUUGCGCCUGAGCGUUGGCCGGGAACGGCAGCAAAAGGGACCGUCACUGUUGUCCCCGUGGCGCUGCGGUGCUGGGACGGCUGUCCCCGGUUCCUGACCCCGCCAGGCCUUAACCCUUCCUCUGCCAGCAGAACUCCGCCGCUGCUCGCAGGGGAAGCACACAGUGGGAAAGGAGAUGUCCGAUAAAGGGAACAGCAUGGACGGAAAGACGGACAUCGCGAACGGCAGCCUGUCCAGCAGCCCAGAGGAGAUGUCAGCCGAGGAGGGCAGAGAAAUUUCCUCCGGCAUCGAGGUGGAGGCGUCCGACCUCAGCCUGAGCCUCACGGGAGACGACGUGGGGCCCAACCGCACCAGCACGGAGAGCCGCGACACCGACACCGAGAGCUCGGGGGAGGAGAAGGACUCUGACAGCAUGGACGACACGGGCCACUACUCCAUCAACGAGGAGACGCGCACCCUCGACUGCUCGCACUCGGAGGAGGAGGAGGAGGAGGACGAAGAGGAGGAGCAGCGAUCCCACCGCCGCGCUCAGCGCAAACGUGCCAACCACGAGCGAGACUCCUCGGACGACGAGCAGGCGCUGGAGGACUGGGUGUCCUCGGAGACCACGGCGCUGCCGCAGCCCCGCUGGCAGGCCAUCCGCGCCCUGCGGGACAGGGAGCUGGGCUCCAGCCCCCGCUUCGUCUACGAGGCCUGCGGGGCCCGGCUCUUCGUGCAGCGCUUCCGCCUGCAGCACGGCCUGGAGGGCCACACGGGCUGCGUCAACACGCUGCACUUCAACCAGCGCGGCACGUGGCUGGCCAGCGGCAGCGACGACCUCAAAGUGGUGGUGUGGGACUGGGUGCGGAGGCGGCCGGUGCUGGAGUUCGAGAGCGGCCACAAGAGCAACGUCUUCCAGGCCAAGUUCCUCCCCAACAGUGGCGACUCCACGCUGGCCAUGUGUGCUCGGGACGGGCAGGUGCGGGUGGCUGAGCUGUCGGCCACGCAGUGCUGCAGGAGCACCAAGCGCGUGGCACAGCACAAAGGAGCCUCACACAAGCUGGCCCUAGAACCGGAUUCUCCAUGCACUUUCCUAUCAGCAGGUGAAGAUGCUGUAGUCUUCACCAUUGAUCUGCGACAAGACCGGCCUGCCUCGAAACUGGUGGUGACAAAGGAAAAGGAGAAGAAGGUGGGGCUGUACACCAUCUUCGUGAACCCGGCCAACACCUACCAGUUUGCCGUGGGAGGCAGAGAUCAGUUUGUGAGGAUCUACGACCAGCGGAAGAUUGACGAGAACGAGAACAACGGCGUGCUGAAGAAGUUCUGCCCCCACCACCUGGUAAACAGCGAGUCCAAAGCGAACAUCACCUGCCUGGUGUACAGCCACGACGGCUCUGAGCUGCUGGCCAGUUACAACGAUGAGGACAUCUAUCUCUUCAACUCCUCGCACAGCGACGGCGCUGAGUACAUCAAGAGAUACAAAGGGCACCGCAACAAUGCCACCGUGAAAGGCGUCAAUUUUUACGGCCCCAAAAGCGAAUUCGUGGUGAGCGGCAGCGACUGCGGCCACAUCUUCCUGUGGGAGAAGUCCUCCUGCCAGAUCGUGCAGUUCAUGGAGGGCGAUAAGGGCGGCGUGGUGAACUGCCUGGAGCCGCACCCCCACCUCCCCGUGUUGGCCACCAGCGGCCUGGACCACGACGUGAAGAUCUGGGCGCCCACAGCGGUGACCCCCACUGAGCUGACCGGCCUCAAAGAGGUGAUCAAGAAGAACAAGCUGGAGCGGGACGAGGACAGCCUGCACCACACCGACAUGUUUGACAGCCACAUGCUGUGGUUCCUCAUGCACCACCUCCGACAGAGGCGCCACCACCGGCAGCGCCGACGGGAGCCCGGUGCGCCGGAGGCCGACUCGGAUGAGUCCCCAAGCUCUUCUGACAGCUCUGACGAGGAGGAGGAGGGUCCGGACCGGGUGCAGUGUAUGCCCUCCUGAGCCCCCCCCGCACCGCGUGCACCCCCCCCCUCCCCCCCCCUCAAACCCCGGGGUGCGGUGGGGAGGAGGAGCUCUGGACCCCCCCCCCCCCCCCCCUUUCUCUACUAACAACACUUUGAGCUUUUUAUUGACAUGUUAAGGACCCCCCCCCAACUUUUCCUUCCUCAUCCUCGCAGCCCUCGGGGUGGGGACAGGGCUGCAACAUGGAGGGGGGGGAGGGGGGGGGGGGGAUGACACACUGUGCCCCCCCAGCACCCACACGGUGAUGAGAGGGAUGUCAGGGAGGGGGGGUUUCUUAUAUUAAAAUCCCCACUGUGCCCCCCCGCCCCAAAUCCCCGCAGCUUCACCAUCCCCCUUUAAUUGGGUGUGGGGGGGGGAUACAGGCUGCUGCCCCCUCCGUUCUUCAGGGCUUCCCCCCCCCUUCACCCCCCCCCUCAUGAACCCGGGGGGGCUCCAGCUGCUCUGUGCCCCCCCCCCACCCACUACAGGGCUGCACCCCCUCCUUUUUUUUUCCCCUCCCCCCCCCCCAAAAAAAGCCACAGGGGUGUUUGCAGAGCGAUGCUUGUCUAGUUUGUACAUAUCGGUGAUUUGCACUUGGUUUGACCCCCCCCCGCCCCCCCUCCCCUCCCCAAAGCCCCCCCCCCCACUAUGGGCAUCGGCCGGAGCCCAAAUUGGGGGGGUUUGGGGGGGGGAUUUUGGGGGAGAUCUUUAAUUUUCAGUUCCUUUUAAGGAGAUCUCUCGGGGGGAGUGGGGGGGGGGGGUGCAGCACAGAGGACCCCCACUCGGACGGCUGCCCCCCCCCUCCCCCCCCCCCCCCCCGUUCACUGUUAGAGGCCUAAUUUUAUAUGUAUUAAAACCAAACGGAACUUUGGAUGUUAUCCACCACAAAUUGUUAUUGUAAAAGUUGGAAUAUAUAUUAUUAUAUAUAAAUGCAAUAAAAGCCGGCGGAGAGAGGCGCA